GGAACAUCAUCGGCUCGGGGAUCUUCGUGGCCCCCAAGGGGGUCCUGGCGCACUCGGGGGCCGUGGGGCCGGCGCUGCUGGUCUGGGGGCUGACGGGGGCCGUGACGGCCGUGGGGGCCCUUUGCUACGCCGAGCUGGGGGUCUGCAUCCCCAGGGCCGGGGGCGACUACGCCUACGUCAGCCACGUCUUCGGGGGGCUCGUGGGGUUCCUGCGGCUGUGGAUCUCGGUGCUGGUGAUCUACCCCACCAACCAGGCCGUCAUCGCCCUCACCUUCGCCAACUACGUCCUGCAGCCCCUCUUCCCCAGCUGCCGCACCCCAGAGCCCGCCCAGAGGAUCCUGGCAGCCGCCUGCCUGCUGCUGCUGACGUGGUUGAACAUGCUGCUGACGUGGGUGAACGCCCGCAGCGUGCGCUGGGCCACGCGUGUGCAGGACGUGUUCACGGCGGGGAAGCUCCUGGCGCUGGGGCUGAUCAUCGGCACCGGGGCCGUGCUCAUCGCAGGAG